AAGUUGAACUGAAUCAUUUUGUUUUCAUUAUAAAUAUUAUUGUUGUUAAUCUGAUCGCAUUGAUUGCUGAGUAGAUUAAAAAAUUAUAAUUAUAACUUGUAAAUAGUGAAAAUAGAUCUUGAUUGAUUAGUGAGCUUUUUCAAUUCAAGUUCAAAUUGAACUGCUCAAUGACCAGAAUUGAUUUAUCGGUUUAUAUUUAACAAUAAUUAUUUUCUUCUUUCAACUUACAACUUACAUUCCCUGUAUUGGAUUAAUUUGUUCACCUUACGAUGAAGAUAAUCCAAGAUUAACCUCAAGGUAUCAAGCUUUUUGGGUUAUGCCUCCAAAUGAAUUUAAACCCCUUGAAUAUGGGCGACCCAUGCAGAUGACUUACAGUGUGACCAGAGAUUCAUUUCUAACACAAGAUUUACUAUUAGACAUGCGUCUACUUGCUCAUUAUUAUAUUGAUGGUCCAGACGCGAUUAAAUUUUCCGAUAAUUACUCAACUAAAGAGAAAACUUUUUGGCACAAACUUCAGGCCUCUUUAAAGCCAUUUUUACCCCGAGAUCUCACCACUACCGUUAAUCAAACUCCAGCUCAGACACAAGUCCAACAACAAGCACUUUCCCAUUUCUGGGCUUUUCUCAAAGGACUUUUACUCCCUUGAAGUAAUUUCCACUUCGCCACAAUUAACAAAAUCGUCCAAUUCCCAUGACAAAACAACAAUCUCCUUUUAUCUCUAACAAGAAUACAAUUGAUAUUUAUUCAUAAUUUUCAUUAAUCGACAAACUCCACACCAAACCAGAUUAAAGAGCGAUGGAUAAAACUUGAUCUCAGCAAUAAUGUCUAACCAAUUGACAAAGGGAAAUUCUUACAUUGUAAAAAGAAA